AUGCAUUCCGGCAGCCGCCGGACAUCCCGGUCCGCAGCCCCCAGACGGCCGGGUGGGCUCGGCCAUACCACCUGCUGUAGACGCACUAGCCCGGGCGAGGGCUUCCACCUGGUGCGAAGACGGCGCUGGCGGGUGCCUGGAGCCCGCUGCUUGGGAGGCUCUGGCCUCAGCUCCGCGCGCCGGGGGCGGGGUCCGCACCGUGAGGCUGCGCUGCCUUACAAGGCAGAAGAAUGUGAGCGUGGAGGGGCGGGGGGCGAGGGCGGGGCCAGGCGACCUGCCCGGCCUUAUUUGGCCUCCGCUUGCAGGUCAGGAAGGCCGGGAGCCCCUGGACCGGCUCUUCGUCACCGUUGCCUGCGUGUGGGGCGUGGAAGCCGGGUGAGAGGUCCCCGGUUCUCAUCCCAUCUUCCCCGCUGCUCCGCGCGUCGGUGGGAAGACCGGCUCCCACACCAGGCCAAGUCUCAGAAUCAGAUUGUCGGACUUGACAACAAGCACCUUUACCCACUAGGCCAUCCUGCAAGCCCCGGCUCCAAGGAUUUUGGUGAGAGCACCCAGAAAGAGAUGUCACUUUCUAAUAUGGGCAUAGUGGAUGUGGGUGGAGCGGAGACCAAGUGCUUGCUAUCCGGCCACUCAGACUUGUCAGUGUGGCCAAAAACCUACAGACCAUUUGUGUUUGAUUCAGCAUUUGCCAUGGUCCUGCAUGCUUCAGGAUGA